UCACGCGAUGUUUGGACAGCGGGCUCCGUGUCGUCAUCCAGUUAACGGUUUAUGUCACAGUAAUCUUUUUGUCGGGCUCAACUACUAGUUCGCUCAGUUGUCCAUAUCGUCUUCCGACGGGGGAGUUAUAGUACACACAAAGUCAAGAUGCAGCCUGCAGCAGCCAAGUGGUAUGACAGACGGGACUUUGUCUUUAUAGAGUUCUGUGUGGAAGACAGUAAAGAUGUACACGUACAUUUUGACAAGUUCAAACUUGAUUUCAGCUGUGUCAGUGGAACAAAUAACCUCAAACAUCAGAAUACAGUGGACCUUUAUGGGGAGAUUGACCCCCAAGAAUCCAAACACAGGCGCACAGACAGGUCUGUGUUGUGUUGUUUACGAAAAGCAGAGACUGGGAAAGCGUGGCCUCGACUUACCAAAGACAAGACAAGGUGCAACUGUAUCAGUGUGGAUUUCAAUAACUGGAAAGACUGGGAAGAUGACUCAGAUGAGGACUUAAACAGUUUUGACAAGUUCUCAGAGAUGAUGAACAACAUGGGGGGAGAUGAUCUACCUGACCUAGAUUGUGCUGAUGAUGAGCAUGAGUCCCCAGACAGCGACGAUGAAAAAAUGCCUGACCUCGAGUAGAUCCACUUGAGUGGUAUAAAAUUCAAAAGAAAAAAAAAAUCAUUGAAUAAAGUCAGCUGCAAGUUGGGUGACGACACCGGUCACCUUUUGGAGAAGAAUGCUCAUUUGUGUGCACAGUUUCCAAAGCUUUGGAAUGGAUGAAGGUGUUGGAGACAUGCGCAGAGCCCCCCAUAGUGUUUUUCUUUUUCUCUUCCUCUGCAUGGACAGCUGUGUUCCAAUCCAAAUGUUCUUCAUUCACUUAUGUAACUGUAAAACUAAUGUGCUGAUGUCUUACUCCACCUCUUCUGUUUUUCUUUCUCUUUUUGUUGUGUGUAUCAUGAUUUCUAACAAAUCAAAACGUCUGGGUUUUUUUUGCUUUUGAGAAGGACAUUUCUCUUUUAAUAUUUGUAAUGUAAAUUGCACUUGUUUUGUUGGAUAAUUUAAAAAGUUGAAUUUUUUUUUUUUAUUGUACAUGAACAUGUACGAAUAUUUAACACUAAUGGCAUUUAAACUUAUUUCAGCCAAAUGAAAUGAAGAAUGACGACAUGUUGAGAAUGGUACAGUAUUGGCUCACAGUUUAACUUUGUUUCUAUAACCCAGUGUAUAAAAUGUUGCACAUUGUAGCAAAUACAAAGAAAAAACACUUCUUCCAUAUGCAUUCUAAGGUAAGAACAUCAAUUCUAUACCAAGCCUUGUGCAGGUGAUCAAUGUGUCUUUAUCCAAAAAAAAAAAAAAAAACACUCAAACCACACUUUGGAGACUGGUGUGGUUGAUCAAAAAUGUGUUUAGCAUCAUUUGUACUUUACUGUUGGCAAAAUUUGUAAUAAACUUUGUUCACUCUAUUCAACAGCCGUUUCAGUGAGUUCUCCAUCAUCAGCAACUCAUUUUAAAAGUGUUUAUUAUAUGUACGGGCCGCAUGGUGGUCUAGUGGUUAGCA